AUGCCUGAGCCUCUCACGAACCACUUUCAACCUACAGGACAAUGUUCGGGAGAUCUGCAGCUGCCAAAGCGGCGUGAUACGGGGAGAGCCCAGCACGACAGCGUGCCGAAUCGUGUUGAUACAGCGUCCCUCUCGGACAGCGAGGGCAAUGCAAAGGCCGAGGCUAAGCGUAGUUCUAUAGCCAUCACGACGCCGCCUGGGCCAGUCUCCCAUCGGACGAGACCACAUCUCCGAGUCAAGCUGUGCUUUCCAGCAUGCGAGAUGUUUUCGAAUGUCUUCAGCCCAUUGACAUGCGACACGUCCGAGGAGCUGCUCUCCAGGAUCCAAGUUUUUGAAGGGCCUCGCGUGGUGCUGGUAUUCGGCACAGGGCGAUUCAAGCCAUCCUAG